CUGCUGCUUUCUUCGGGUGGUGUUAUCGGUGCGGGUCCGUGACAAACGCCAUCCGCUUCCAUCACCAUGGCUUCCGCCACUCCACCUCCCACCUCCUCCUCUUUGUGGCGCUCUCGAGUUCCGUGCUCCGCCGAACGCCAGGGUCUGUUUAGCCGCAUCGCUCCCGUCUACGACAAGCUGAACGAUGUGCUGAGCCUGGGCCAGCAUCUGAUCUGGAAGAGAAUGUCCGUCUCUUGGGCCGGAGCGAAAAGGAGGGAUCGAGUUCUGGAUUUGUGCUGUGGAAGCGGUGAUCUGGCGUUUCUCCUGUCCCAGAAAGUCGGACCUGAUGGCCAGGUGUGCGCUCUUGAUUUCUCAAAAGAUCAAUUGUUGAUUGCUACAGCUCGUCAAGAUUUAUACUGGAAGGCUUGCUACAAGAACAUUAAAUGGAUUGAGGGUGAUGCCCUUGAUUUACCAUUCGCAGAUAGCUGCUUUGAUGCCAUGACAGUUGGAUAUGGAUUACGUAAUCUGCUUGACAAACAGAGAGCUAUGAAGGAGAUAUUUCGUGUUCUAAAGCCAGGCUCAAGAGUGUCCAUAUUAGAUUUUAACAAGAGCACCUCAUCUCUGAUAACACAGUCUCAGGAAUGGAUGAUUGACAAUGUGGUUGUUCCUGUUGCAAGUAAUUACAGGCUCUCGAAAGAGUACAGAUACUUGAAAGCCUCCAUUGCUGAAUAUUUAACAGGAAAAGAGUUGGAGAAGCUUGCCAAAGAAGUGGGAUUUUCCGAUGCCAAGCAUUAUGAAAUUGCUGGAGGCCUCAUGGGGAAUUUGGUGGCAACUAGAUAGUGGACAAGUACUUCAGUGUAAUUUCUAUUUUAGCUAUCUAAUUUCGGAAUGCUGAUUUUUAAAGAGCAUAGGUUUGUAAAUAGUGAGUCAUGUAGAACAGUUUCAACUACAUGGUCGGCUGUGCAUGGACCUAAUCUGCUUCUGACUGCAGUGCAUAAAUAUCUUAGUUCAUUGAAUGGAGAAUACUGAAAUGUGAGUGGUGUUUGAUCA